AUGGACCCUCCCAACUACGACCAUCUAUUCAAGCUACUCAUAAUAGGUGACAGCGGCGUAGGUAAAUCUUGUUUGUUACUUCGCUUCUGCGAUGAUGAGUUUAAUGACAAGCAGUUGGCGACUAUCGGUGUCGAUUUCAAGGUGAAGUAUAUCUCUUCGAUGGGUAAACGUUUGAAGUUGGCGAUAUGGGACACUGCUGGACAGGAACGGUUUCGCACACUCACUUCUAGCUACUACAGGGGUGCUCAGGGCAUCGUGCUUGUCUAUGACGUUAACUCACGAGAGAGUUUCGAGAAUCUGGAGUACUGGUUGGAAGAAGUUCGGAAAUACGCCACAAGUCGCAGCUCAGUGAAGAUGCUGGUGGCCAACAAAGUUGACGAAGUGAAUGGUGGUGAUGUUACACGGCGAGAAGGGGAGAAAUUUGCUAUCGAGCAUGACAUGCUGUUUAUUGAGAGUAGCGCCAAACUGAAAGUCGGAGUGAAGGAGAUCUUCCAACAGUUGGUGUUGAAGAUUCUGGACACGCCGGACCUGCUGGAGAACACAACACCGUUGGGAGCUACUCGUAAGAGAUACCUUUCCUGA